GUACCGAUUCGUUUUUGAUGCCCUGCUAGCUGCCUCCAUGACUGGUAACACAGCAUAUGAAAUUGUUGACUUUCGUCGUCAGCUGACAGGUCUGAAAAACAAGGAAAAGGGUGCAAAGAAAACGGGCCUGGAAAAACAAUUUGAGGCCUUGAGCAAACUGCUGGCAAUGAAGCGCAGUGUGGAGAGAGAAACUGCGCAGACUGGACUGCGCCCUGAGAAUGUCAACAAGAAUCGAUUCUCUGAUUUCCCUGCAAAGCAACGUUCCCGGGCAGUGUUGAUGACGAGCGUGUAUGAAAAUGACACCGAUUACAUCAACGCACAUUUCCUACCGGGCUACCGCAAGAAGAGCAUGUAUAUCAGUACGCAGAUGCCUAUGCCAAACACCGUAGCAGAUAUUUGGCGAUUGGUGUAUGACUACAAAGUGGGUUGCAUUGUCAUGUUGAACCCGCUGGAUCCAGCCAAUGAGACUAUGUGCCAGUACUGGCCAGAGAAAAAGGGUUCGACAGUAGAAUUUGGCCCACUUCUUGUCAAGCUAAAAGAGACAAACAAGUAUGACAAUGUAAUACAACGGGUGUUUACUCUGAGAAACAAGGACCUCAAGACUGAAGAGGAACCCCGCACUGUCUGCCAGUUUGAGUGUUUAGACUGGCCCUCCAAUGAGGACACGCCCACCUCCUUACAAGGAAUGUUAACUCUCAUGGGACUUACUCAAGAGUGGCUUGACAAGGACACACCUAUCGUGGCUCACUGCAUCGAUGGCAUGGGUCGCAGUGCAGUCUACUUCGCUCUGAUGUCACUUCUGGAACAGUCUAAAGAGGAGAAGGUUGUAGACGUGUUUCAAGCCGUGUUCCGCCUCCGGAUGGCACACCAAAACAUGAUGUACUCAGUGGAGCACUACGCACUGUGCUAUGAAGUUCUUCAGUUGUACUUGGAUUCCAAUGUCACCUAUGCCAACCUGUAGAACGCUGACUUGCAGCAUGACCUUCACCUCAAAUACCAUUGGUAACCUGCUGAAAAGGGUUCCAACUUUGUGAAAUCCAAAGCUCCGCUUACCGCACAAUUUAAAGUAAUAUUUUCCUAUUUCAGUGACUUGGGUCUAUUGUGACUCAACCAUUCAUUCAGUGAAUCCAGGUCGUUGCGACAGUAGAACAUCUACCGCUGUAAAUACCUGUUUUAGCAAAGUUCGCGGUUUUUGCUAUUUGGAAUUAAAUUACAGAUUGUUUAAAUACGCACGUUAGUAUAGUAUAACAAUUCAUUCGGUGACAUAAUUCAUUACACCAUCAACCUUAUUAGCAAAGUUCGUGCCUUUGGGAGCUUUGAUAAUCCUGAGGUUCAAAUUUUUUAGUUACAUCACAAAGACAGGUGUUAAUAAAUGUCUUUAUGAUAUGUUCGACUUAAAAACUAUCCAAUGCGCAUUAGUUUAGCGCACACGUGAACCUUACAUGAACCUUUUGAAAAUGCGAUUUUGACUUUUCACUUCCCCCUAUUUAAUAACUCGUUAGAUCACUAAUGUUAGCAACAGAAGGGACAAAGUUCGAUUGUAAGACUAUUUUUGGAUGUUUUUUCUCUGGAGACCUAGGAAAAUCUCCAAGCCUAAGAACAAGGUCAAGUUGGUUACUAUUUACCCGGAAUGGCAGGGAUUUUUCGACGCGAGCCGUUGAAUCUUUUGGCCACAUGUAAAAAAGAAACAAUAUCGGGAUAGUGGUUUCCCCUUUUAAAUUACUCAUCUCUAGGCUGUGCAGAGCACAUUGUAAUGUUUACUCAGAGGUCAGUGUUUCUUAAGACUUAAAUACUUUUUUAGUUGGUAAUACGCAAGGCUUGAAAGUAAAUGUUUUACGUAAACGUAACAAAAGUAACCAUUUAUGCUGCGUGAUUUUUUUUCUCUCCCACGAUAUUUUAUGGUUUUGUGGGAAAAGAAUCAAAUUGCCUACAGAUAUUCAGAAGGUUUAGAGUGGCAUAACAGUAGAGCUGUCUAGUUUGCAUUUUCAACUACAUUACCAAAUGGCAAUGAUAUACUAUAUUGAAGUUGAUGUUCUUUUUUUUGUUUUGAUUUAAUGCAUUUUCCAAUGAAAAGCACCAACGCAGUGAAAAGUCUGUAGUUAGAAAUUUAAAAAUUCAAAUGCAUGCAACUGAGGUUCAUAACGCAUCAAAGACGUAGUUUUAAGUCCACCAAGCUUUUAUGCAUAGGAAAAUAUUAAAUUCAUUAAGUUUUGCUUGUUUUGGGUAGUAUUGCCACUUCACCGAUUGUUUCAACGAAUAAAUUUAUUUUAUUCCCACGGUCAAAAUAUUUACCACCAUGAAGAAAUGCUUGUGAUCGUGGUUUAGCAUGUUGAUUUUUGCGCUGUUCCAAAUAUCAAAGUUUUCGGAUUAUAUUGCAGGUUUAGCUGGUAAUAAUCGCUUGAAUGUGCGUGAAACAUAUAAAAACAUAGAUAGAAGUACGAUAUAAAAGCGACUCAACGUAGCACUGUUCUGCUAUCUAUGUUUAUAGGAUCACUGUUGUUGGCAAGGUAUGCAGAAACUUCAGAAAGCGUGAAUUUAAACACUAUGGAUGGAUUCAGAUGUGUGUGUGUGUGUUUUCAAAAGCAACGGAAUUUUUAACAAAACUAUAAGCAAGAUUAUCAUAAAUAGGUGUUUACAUGAAAUGACUAGCAUUUUGAUGCAAGGCGUUGAAUGUGUGAUAAAAAGUCUAUCGAAAGAAGCAAUAUCUUGUGCGUAUUUGUAAGAACAUGCUUUUGAAAUCAGGCGUUUGUGCUGGGCACAGUAGUGGUGUACAUGUUAAUCAGUUCAGUGUAUACAGAUGCUAAUAAAAAAAAGCUUAAAUGUAGUGCAAACGUACUGAGUGAAA